AUGGCAGGUUCCUCUGGUUUAGCCGAGGCAUGGAGAGGAACAAAUAUGGCGUUGGAUGGAAAGAGUUUGCCUGUGGAAGCAACAGAAGAGGUGGUUAAUUCUUCCCUUCCUAACAAGGAUGACCCAGAUUUUGAUGAGAUUGAGGAUAUGAGAAUUCGAGGAAAUCUUUUUUAUAAGCUUGAUAGGGAUUCCAAAGAGUUUGAAGAAUACAGUUUUGACUUCCAUCGAAGAAAAUCUUCCAAAAGUAAAUAUAACAAUGGAAAUAAUGAAAAGAAGAAAUCCUUAAACAACAGCCUGGCCUCCAGAGUUGAAAAGCCCUCCAAGGGUAAGGAAGUGAAGAGAGAAGGACGAAAGAUGGAGAGCCUGGCAAGUAACUUGGCUUCUAAGGGUAAGGGAGUGCCCUUAGAUGUUCCAGAUGAAAAUUUUACCUCCUCACUUAAUGAAAUGGACAGUUCUUGUGUUGGAAAGAAGGUGAGGACUCCCACUUUCAAUCAGCUUACUGCUCCUUACCAUGAACCAUUUUGCUUGGACAUUUACAUAUCAAAAGGGUCUGUGCGAGCCUGCAUUAUUCAUCGGGCAACUAGCAAGGUUGUUGCUGUGGCACAUUCUAUCUCCAAGGAUAUGAAAUUUGACUUGGCGUCUACAAAGAAUGCUAGUGCUUGUGUUGCUGUGGGCGAAAUAUUAGCUCAGAGAGCUUUGGCUGAUGAUAUCCAUAACGUGGUUUACACACCAAGGAAUGGGGAGAUACUGGAGGGGAAGCUUCAAAUUGUGCUUCAAUCCAUAAUCAAUAGCGGUAUCAAUGUGAAGGUUAAGAUUAAGCAAAGAAGAAAGAAAGCCAGUUACACCUCUGCUGCUUAG